UGGCGCCGAGCGGUUCCGGCUGACUGGACGGGGCGGGCGUCCCGGGCAGCCUAGCGUGGUACCUCCCGCCCCGCGCGCCCAGCCGGCGAGGGACAUUGGACCCGGGUCGGGGGUCGCGGCGACUCCAGCGAGAGCCGUGGGUACUGCCACCUGCUCACCCACCCUCCCUAGCCUCAGAGCACAGUCCGUGCUGGUGGGAGCGUGGCGACUGGCUGCGCAGCAACGGUCCAGGAAGAUGAGUGCCUGUGGGAGGAAAGCCCUGACCCUGCUGAGCAGCGUCUUUGCUGUCUGUGGCUUGGGCCUCCUGGGUAUCGCAGUCAGCACCGACUACUGGCUGUACCUGGAGGAGGGUGUGAUUGUGCCCCAGAACCAGAGCACCGAGAUCAAGAUGUCCCUGCACUCAGGACUCUGGCGGGUCUGCUUCCUUGCAGGUGAGGAGCGGGGGCGUUGCUUCACCAUAGAAUAUGUGAUGCCCAUGAACACCCAGCUGACAUCCGAGUCCACGGUCAAUGUUCUAAAGAUGAUCCGCUCAGCCACACCAUUCCCUCUGGUCAGCCUCUUCUUCAUGUUCAUUGGGUUUAUCCUGAACAACAUUGGACACAUCCGUCCCCACCGGACGAUACUGGCCUUUGUCUCUGGCAUCUUCUUUAUCCUCUCAGGCCUCUCUCUCGUGGUGGGCCUGGUGCUCUACAUCUCCAGCAUCAACGAUGAGAUGCUCAACAGGACCAAGGAUGCAGAGACCUACUUCAACUACAAGUAUGGGUGGUCGUUUGCCUUCGCUGCCAUCUCCUUCCUUUUAACAGAGAGUGCCGGGGUGAUGUCUGUGUACCUGUUCAUGAAGCGGUACACCGCAGAGGACAUGUACAGGCCCCACCCUGGCUUCUACCGCCCUCGGCUGAGCAACUGCUCCGAUUACUCAGGCCAGUUCCUACAUCCAGACGCCUGGGUCAGGGGCCGCAGCCCCUCCGACAUCUCCAGCGAGGCCUCCCUGCAGAUGAACAGCAACUACCCCGCCUUGCUCAAGUGCCCCGACUAUGACCAGAUGUCCUCUUCGCCCUGCUGAGCCUCGGUUGCCCCCAUCCCUGGACUGUGGGUGGCCAGACAACCCUUCCUGUUCUCUCCAGGUGACCCCUGAGCCCCAAGCCUGUGGUUGACAGGCCUGGGCCACCCACGCUUAGCUGUUGUCACUUGACCCCAGUCCUCUCCCUGCUUCUCCAGAAGGGCUCUAACUGCCCCAGCAUGGGUAUGGGAGUCUGGAGUCUGCAGGCAAGUUGAUUGUCUGGGAACAUGGGAGAAGCCCCGCCCAUGUGAGUGCCAAUCACAGCAGUGGCUCCAGGAAGCCAGCAGCUCCCCCCAAGCCCAGGAUGUUCCCUUUGUAUAUUCUUGCUGCACCCCCAACUUCAUGGCACUAGGCCAGGGCCAGCUCUGAGAUGCCAAGCUCCUUACACAGAUGCAGCUGGACUCGUGCACUUGCCAACUGGCUUGGCCAUUCACAUUCAAGAUCUACACCAUCUGGCCGAAAGGUGACUCUGAUAUAGAGGUCUGGCUGACUUAGACAUGUCAAGCUGUCAGUGUUCCUUCUGAACUCCUUUCUCCUUUUUUGUCACCCACCUCCCUCCACGUGACACAACUGUCUGUGCUCUUCCCUCCCUGACACAGGCUGUGAACCUUUUCUCCUUUCCUCACACCAGAACUCAGCUGCCCUGGGCCCUGGCCCUAAGGGACUAAGGGUGGCUCUGAGGCCACACUGAUGAAGUCACAAAGAGGUGUUAAUGGCUGAAGACAUCGUAAUAUGUAUGGCCCUUUGAUAACAUAUUUUAUAGGAGACUUUUACGCCUUAACCCAAAUAACUGAUUCUGACAAUGAGAAUUU